GCCCGCGCCUAUCCGCGCUGGGAAAUGUGAACGCGGCCGCGUCGGUCGCCUGGCAACGGCGUGCGGCGGCAGCGGCGUCCCAGCGGCGGAGGUUCUCAAGGAGGAGGUUUCGGCGACUUUCGUUCAAAACUCCAUCCCCGCGUACCGCGUACCGCGAGCUUUUGCGGAGGCUUUGGGUUCGUGUAGCCGUCUCCGCGCGAGUCACACGUUAGGCGCGGGUCACCAUGGACGCGGCGGAGGGAGCGGCGGGCAUGGCGAAGCGCUGCGUGGCGGAGGAGAGCGCCAAGGCGUUCCUGCUCAAGGCGGGUGGCGACGGCGCGCAGACCUCGCUGUACGAUCACCUGGCGAGCCUCCUAUCGCGUCUGCUGGACGAGAGGCCGAAUGGAGCACUGGACAUGUUCGAGGAGCUGAGCCGUGAAGUGAAGCGCUCGCGCAUGGCAGGUGUGGCCACCACGUUCCGGGAUGAGCGGACAACCAAUGCUCAGGAUGAACUCGCAAAGCUGCAGAGAGGCCUCUUUCCAGCCGCUAAUGACAAGACAGACGACGACCCUGACGACGAGAUGGUGGAGUCUCCGCUGCCAAAUCUCCUGGAGCAGGCCUUUUACUGGGAACAAGCCGGCGUAGGGCUGGGCCGGGAGGAGACCUUCCGCAUCCUGCUCGCUCUCAAGCAGCUUGUGGACGAACAGCCACUGCAGCGCUGCCGCUUUUGGGGCAAGGUGCUGGCCACGCAAGGUGCCUACCUGGUGGCUGAGGUGGAGUUCCGCGAGGGGGAAGGCGAGGAUGAAGAGGAGGAAGGGGAGGAGGCUGAUGCCGAGAACAAAGAAGGGGGGGAGGAGACGGACAGGACGUCGCGUGGCAGGGGGGAGAGCACGAGCGGGCAGAGCGAAGGCGAAGGGAACGGGGCAGUCGAUGAUGACGAUUACCCCAAGUCCGAGUACAAGCCACCUCCCGUCACCCGCCGAGAGGCUAUGCGUUUCGGUGCUAACAGGUACACAUACUUUGUGACCAACGAGCCGGGGAAGCCAUGGGAGAAGCUGCCGUGGGUCACUCCUGCUCAAAUCGUGACGGCACGUCGCAUUCGCCGCCUCUUCACGGGGCACCUGGACGCGCCCGUGAUUUCCUACCCACCCUUCCCGGGCAACGAGGCCAACCUGCUGCGGGCACAGAUCGCCCGCAUCUCAGCGGGCACGCAGGUCAGCCCGCUGGGGUUCUACCAGUUUGAAGAAGAUGAGGAGGGAGAGGAGGAUGCAGUAGGUGGACGCGAGACCUGCAUCGAGAACCCCGACUUUGAAGGCAUUCCGGUGCGGGAGCUGGUGGACAACCUGGCUAACUGGGUGCACCACACCCAGCACAUCUUGCCACAGGGUCGUUGCGUUUGGAUCAACCCAAAGCAACGCAGUGAGGACCCGGAGGAGGAGGAACAGGAGGAGGAUGAAGAAGAUACGGAAGAGCCAGAUGAGCCAGAGCCGGAGGUGGGGCCACCCCUCCUUACACCGCUUUCAGAGGAUGCGGAGAUUGAAGGAACAGCACCAUGGACAGCCAGGCUGUCAAGCACCGCUGUGCCUCAGCAUGCCUUUUCUGUACUUCGCUCCAAUCUUUGGCCUGGCUCCUAUGCCUACUGCAAGGGGAAAAUCUUCGAGAACCUGUACAUGGGUUGGGGUGUGAAAUACGUGGCGGGCGGCUUCAGCCCUGCCCUGGUGCCAAUGCCCUGUUCGGAGUACGCGGGCGGGCCGGAGGUGGCAGAAGAAAAGGACCCAAGUGUGGAGGAGGAGCAGGCUUACCAUGACGAGGAGGCCCGCCGCGCUGCCGAGAAGGAGGAUGGGGAAGAAGAGGAGGAGGAGGAAGAUGAGCCGGAGGAAGAGGAUGACGAUUGAGGCAGCAGCGAAGCUGGGCUCCUCUGUGAAGACUAUAGCAGUCAUUGUUUUCACAAUGGUGAUGUUCCCAGUAAAACAACAACAACAUAACAGCCAACAAGAGGAAACAUAAAUCAGCAUAGACGUAAUGAAACACUUAACUUUUUGUUUCACUCAUGUUCAUUCUGAAAGUCACUGAUGUAGCAGGAAUUUUUUUUAUCCAAACUAAACCAUAAGCUGCAUUUUAAAACAUUUAAUUUGAAAUAUACCAAUCUGGAAAUGGCAAAAGCAGUUUGUGAAAACAAGUUCUAUCAGAGUUUUGGGGGUUUAAUGUAAAUGAAUUAAAAAAAUAUUUCCCGUUUUGUUUUCAUGUGCCCUCUUAUAAAUAAAAACAUCAUAAUUUGUGUUGAACAUUCA